ACUUCUGAAUUGUACGACCAAAAAAAUGUGUUCUAUUAUUAUAAUUUUCAGCCUGCAACUUUGCUUUGGAACAAAAAAAGAAACGGCCUGAAACGUUGCUUUGUUGGAUCCUUUUGAAAAGUCCGACAUAUAUAAAAAGAAUCGAUUUUUGAUUAUUAUUAUUUCAACUAAUUAAUGAUUAACCAUUUUCAUCACUUAAUUAAUGAAUUCUCCGAAAUCAUGUUUUGUCCAAGAUCACUGCUACGCCCCAAGACUACCUUUACUCUCUCCGAGAUCAACUACAAGGUGAAUAAGAAGCAUAUAGUUGGAAUGGCGCGAUCUUCAUUGGAUGAGAUAUCAGACUCUGGUGCAUUUGAAAGAUCUGCUUCCACAUUCCGAAAUUUCAUUUCGAGCAACCCGAAUUCCCAGUUUGCAGCUGAGUCUGGAAGGUACCAUCUGUAUAUAUCAUAUGCUUGCCCUUGGGCUUCCAGGUGCCUUGCUUACUUGAAUAUCAAAGGACUUAAUAAAGCCAUCAGUUUCUCGGUAGUCAAACCUGUCUUUGAAAGAACUAGAGAAUCAGAUGAGUACAAGGGAUGGGUUUUUCCUGAUUCAGAAACCGAUGUGCCAGGAGCUGAACCUGAUAUGUUGAAUGGAGCAAAGAGUGUUAGGGAACUUUACGAAAUUGCUAGUACAAACUACACUGGAAAGUACACUGUUCCUAUUCUGUGGGAUAAGAAACGCAAGACAAUUGUUAACAAUGAGAGCUCAGAGAUAAUCCGCAUGUUUAAUACUGAAUUCAACAAUGUUGCAGAAAAUCCCACCUUGGACUUGUAUCCGGCUGAUUUGAAAGCCCAAAUUGAUGAGAUUAACGAGUGGAUUUACGAUAGUAUAAACAAUGGUGUUUAUAAAUGUGGGUUUGCGAAGAAGCAAGAACCAUACAAUGAGGCUGCAAGACAAUUGUAUGAAUCUUUAGACAAAUGUGAGAAUAUACUUAGUAAGCAACGGUAUAUAUGUGGCAACACACUUACUGAAGCAGACAUUCGGUUGUUUGUCACUCUCAUUAGAUUUGAUGAGGUUUAUUCAGUUCACUUUAAGUGCAACAAGAAGCUACUGCGUGAAUAUCCAAAUCUCUUCAAUUAUACUAAAGACAUUUUCCAAAUUCCGGGCAUUAGUAGCACAGUGAACAUGGAACAUAUAAAGUUGCAUUAUUAUGGAAGCCAUCCUUCUAUCAAUCCAUUUGGGAUCGUUCCUGUGGGGCCAAGUAUUGAUUAUUCUGCUCCUCAUGACAGAGAAAGGUUUUCUUCAUAGAUGGUCUAUUUGUAUAAUUGCAAGAGAUCUAUGAGAAAUUUUCUGUUCCUGUAAGGGAUUGUUUUGUUGAAAUUUGCAGGAACAGCAAUACUUUGUCAGAAAAACCUAUUUCUAAAUAAACUGAGACAGGUGUGUAUGUGUGUGCAAUUUAAUGUUGGAAUUUUUUCUGUCAUUGAAGCGAGACAUAUCGUAUGAGUCAUAUUGUGCUGUGAUUAAAUAGAUUGGAAAGAUCACAUAUAUUUGUCGUUGGGCUUUGGGUUGAACUUUGUAGUAUGUUGGAGCUUGUGCAGGCCCAGAUUGUUUGGGUCCAGUAGAAAUUGAUGAAGUGGGAGAAAGUAAGUGAAAGUGACGAAAAAUUUUAGUUGAACCCAGGUUCAUCUGAGAAAAAAAAAUGUUGUACUAUCAAAUGUUACUGAACAUCAUGAGAAGUUUUU